AUGAAGAAGUAUAUAUUUUUCUUUCUCUUUUCUUUUAUAAAUUUUUUUUUUGUGUACGAUGUUAUAUGUACAAAAGAAGUAACAUCAACAAAUGAUGAUCCUUUAACACCCCUCAACAGAUUUGAUAAAUAUUAUUUACGUAUGUUUAAAAAAGUACCAAGAUUACAACAAAAUGGAUCAAAUAUUAUCAACGGUGUUAAUAUGAAAAAUACAGUUAUUGUAUUGUACUUUUUCGCAAAAUGGUGUCAAGCUUGUACAAUGCAAAGCACAGAAAUGGAUAAAUUACAAAAAUAUUACGGAAAGCGCAUAUACUUAUUAAAGGUUGACCUAGACAAAAAUGAAGCACUUGCAAGAAAAUUUUCAGUAAAAUCAUUACCCACAAUUAUUCUUUUAAAAAAUAAAACUAUGCUAGCAAGAAAAGAUCACUUUGUCUCAAGCAAUGAUUUGAUAGCAUUAAUUAAAAAACAUUUAUAA